AUGCUGACAGCAGCUGUUGUAAUGAUGAUAGCAGCUGCUGUGCAGGAAGGUGAGAGAGAAGAGUUCCUAUUUGAAGAAAAAAGUACUCUUUCUAAAACAAGUUCAACCUUCAAUAGGCAACAAACUCAAUUCACUCUGAACUGUUUCAAUGGAAGCAUAACAACAAGCUGUCCAAAGGAUUACCUUACAACAUUUGAGUAUGAUCAUGAUUCAUCAACUGCAUCAACAUGUCCAGAGUACUUCAAAUGGAUCCAUGAAGAUCUAAAACCAUGGAAGAGUACAGGAAUCACAAGGGAAAUGUUGGAGAGGGGGGAAAAUGCUUCACAGUUUAGGCUUGUGAUUAUACAAGGAAAAGCUUAUCUAGAAAAGUAUGAAGGUUCAUAUCAGACCAGGGAUGUGUUCACAAUAUGGGGAAUUUUACAGCUUCUAAGGUUAUACCCGGGUAACAUACCAGAUUUGGAGCUAUUGUUUGGGACUGGAGAUGUACCUGUGGUGGGGAAACAACACUUCCAAGGACCAGAAGCCAUGUCACCACCACCUCUUUUUCAUUACUGUGGGAACAAAAGCACUUUUGACAUUGUCUUUCCUGAUUGGUCCUUCUGGGGUUGGGCUGAGAUUGGAAUAAGACCAUGGGUGGCAGUACUGCAGGAUAUACAAGAAGGCAACAAGAGGAUCAAAUGGAAGGAUAGGGUACCCUAUGCCUUUUGGAAAGGCAACACACAUGUGUCCCCGAACAGGUAUAAGCUCAGGAAGUGCAAUGCCACAGACCAACAUGAUUCGAAUGCUCGUAUAUAUUCAGUGCACUGGAGUAAGGAAAUUGAACAAGGUUUCCGGAACACAAAACUAGAAGAUCAAUGUACCUACAGGUACAAGAUUUAUAUGGAAGGGGUAGCAUGGUCUGUGAGUGAAAAGUAUAUAAUAGCAUGUGACUCUGUGACCUUGUUCAUAGAGCCUACAUAUUACGAUUUCUUUACAAGAAGCAUGGUACCUUAUCGGCACUACUGGCCCAUCAGCAUUCAAAACACGUGCGAAGAUAUUAAGUAUGCUGUAGACUGGGGCAAUACUCAUCCACACAUGGCAGAAGCUAUUGGUAAAGCAGGGGCCAGCUUCAUUCAAGAGAAGCUAAAGAUGAAGUUUGUGUAUGAUUAUAUGUUUCAUCUAUUAACUGAAUAUGCAAGGCUCUUGAGAUUUGAACCAACCAUACCAGCAGGAGCUGUUGAGAUUUGUUCUGAAACUAUGGCAUGUCCAAUGGGUGGUUUAUGGAGGCAGUAUAUGGUUGAGUCCAUGGUCAAGUCACCAAGUGAUAUACCUCCAUGUACAAUGUCUUUUCCUCAUAAUAAUGAUGAAGGCAAGGGCUAUGAAUAA